GCCGCGCGCCCCUGCGAUGCCCGCGGCGGGCGGCGGCGCCCAGGGCGCGGCCGUCGGCCGCUCCCUGCCACCCGGCCUCGCCUGGGAGCCGGCGUGCACGCACGCGCGGCCGAAGGCGCGGCCCGCGGAGCCUACCGCCUGCCGCUUCGACCUGGCAGACGUCGCGGCCGCGGACUUCCGGCAGGGCAGCUACGAGGUGGCGCACUACGCCCCCGCGGUUUGCGGUCUGGCCUUCGGGCCGCCGAACUUGGGCCAGGUGGUGCGCUUCUGCCAGGACCUGACUGCGAGGCUUCAGCUCCACGCGGGCGCGGGGCGCGUGGUCUCCCAGUACGGGCCCACGCCGGCCGAGAGGGCGAACUCCGCCGUACUGCUGGGGGCGUUCCUGAUCCUGUGCGAGGGGUGGCCCGCCGGCGCGGUGGCGGGAGCGCUGGAGGACGAGGCGGUGCUCCAGUUCCCCUGCUCCUGGGCCAGGCCAGAGAAGGCGCAGCCGCCAGUAAUGAGCGUGAGGCACUGCUGGGACGGCCUGGAGCUUGCGGGCCGCCAAGGCUGGAUCCGCCUCGGCGCGUGGGAGGGGGCCACCCCGGGAGGUGCUGGCCUCGAGGCCCAGCUGGUGGACUUGGGCGUCAGCCAGUAUCGGCGCCUGGCGCUGGAGUGCGACGCGAGCUGGCUGGUCCCGUGCCGCGAUCCUGGUGGUAGCGGACCCGAUGACCGUCAUCUCAGACCCGAACCCGUCGACUUGCUCGAGCUUCGGGCCACGGGCUGCUGGUGCAGAGGAUGUUCCGCCGCUCGCUGCAGAUGA